UCCCCACGCGGAGCUCUGGAAGCCACCCGCGGAGAAUUGCAUUGAAUGUCUGCGGGUCCUGGCUCUGACUCACUCUCUCGGUGCAGUGCCCGUGGCGCCGUGGCCGGGCUGCAGUCUUGCAAUCUGUUGAUAACUCCACUUGCUAGCUCGGAAUGGAAAACUGCUCCCCGGCACAGAGAACUCGCCACAGCCCGUCGGCACCGCGCAGCGCAGCGCCGGGGCUCCCGCUGCCUCUGCCUGAAUAGAUGGGGACAACCUCGUGACCCUCACCCGCCCCACCGUCGCCCCGAGGCCCCUGGCCCCGGGCUGGACCCCACAGCCACUGUGUGGGACCUUGACCUUCGGGACGGCCAUGGAGGCCGGCGGGGAGGAGGGUGCCACAUAAUCGGCUCAGCGGCGACCCCGCUCCGUCCGCACUCUGGCUGCAGGAGCUUCGCAGGGCUCAUGGAUUUGAAAACCGUGCUCUCCCUGCCCCAGGACCCAGGGGAGUUCCUGCACCCCGUGGUGUAUGCCUGCACCGCCGUCAUGCUGCUCUGUCUCCUCGCCUCUGUCAUCACUUACGUCGUGCACCAAAAUGCCAUCCGGAUCAGCCGGAAAGGCCGGCACACGCUCCUCAACUUCUGCUUUCACGCGGCUCUGACCUUCACAGUGUUUGCCGGCGGCGUGAACCGCACCAAAUACCCAAUCCUGUGCCAGGCGGUGGGCAUCCUGCUGCACUACUCCACGCUGGCCACCAUGCUGUGGAUCGGGGUGACCGCCAGGAACAUCUACAAGCAAGUGACCAAGAAGGCCCCGCCCUGCCCCAGGCAGCCCCUGCUCAGGUUCUACCUCAUCAGCGGAGGGGUGCCCUUCAUCAUCUGCGGGGUCACGGCCGCCACGAACAUCAGGAACUAUGGGACAGAGGAUGAGGACGGGCCCUACUGCUGGAUGGCCUGGGAGCCCAGCCUGGGCGCGUUCUACGGGCCGGCGGCCUUCAUCGCGCUGGUCACCUGCGUGUACUUCCUGGGCACCUACGUCCAGCUGCGGCGCCACCCAGAGCGCAGGUACGAACUCAGGCCGCGGGCGGAGGAGCAGCGGCGACUGGCAAUGCGCGAGGCCGGCCACAGCCCCGGGGCUCCGCCCGGCACGCCGCCCGCCUGCGACGCCCUGGCCGCCUCGCUGCUGCAGAACGAGCACUCACUCAAGGCCCAGCUGCGGGCCGCCGCCUUCACGCUGUUCCUGUUCACGGCCACCUGGACCUUCGGGGCGCUGGCCGUGUCCCAGGGCCACUUCCUGGACAUGAUCUUCAGCUGCCUGUACGGCGCCUUCUGCGUGACGCUGGGGCUCUUCGUGCUCAUCCACCACUGUGCCAAGAGAGACGACGUGUGGCAGUGCUGGUGGGCCUGCCGCCCCUCCCGCGGCAUCGCCACGCUCGGCGCCCGCCCCACGCUCGACACCAACGGGGACGCGCUGGGACCCGUGGCCUGCCGGCGGGACUCGCCGCGUCCGGGCCAACCGCGGGGCUUUGGCCCCCCCCCCGCCGGCCACUGCAAAAUGACCAACCUGCAGGCGGCCCGGGGCCACGUCAGCUGCCUGUCACCGGCCACGCCGUGCUGCGCCAAGAUGCACGGUGAGCGGCCGGCGGAGGACGCGGCCCACGUCCACGUGCACGAGGAGGACCCCUUCGGGCACGACCCGCACCUGCACGGCUGCCUCCAGGGCAGAACUAAGCCCCCCUACUUCGGCCGCCACCCGGGGGCCGCAACGCAGGAGUGCGCCUACCACGUCCCGUCCAGCCCGGACGGCAGCCCCCUCAGCUCGCGCACGGACAGCGCCCCCAGCUCGCUGGAGGGCCCGGUGGGGGCACACGCGCUGGCCUGCUGCGCCCAGGGCGACCCCUUCCCCCUGGUCAGCCAGCCCGAGGGCAGCGACACGGCGCUCUACGGCUGCCCGCGGAGGCCAGCCAGGGCGGUGGCCCACGGCCCGGCCCACUUCGAGAUGCUCCGGAGGACGCGGUCCCUGCCCUUCGGCGGGCCCGGCCAGAACGGGCUGCUCCAGGGAGACAUGUGCGAAGUCCUGUCCUUCAGCGCGGACGGCACGGGCAACAUCCGGACGGGGCCGUGGAAGAACGAGACCACCGUGUAG